ACUCCUGCCUCCAUGCUGCAAAACUGCCCGCACGUGUGUGCGGAGGAAGAGCUCACCAGAUGCGAGCUCCCUCUGCCCCAUAGCUAGGCGGCUGUGUGCCCGGGCUAGGCUGGGCUGCUCGCCAUAGGGCGAGUGGGAGGGGUUGUAGUCGCUGCCCUGGGAAGAGCCACAGCCUCUUUCGGCUGUCUGUCAGAGUCGCAAGAGGCGGAGCCCAGGCCUUGCCUGCUCAGGGUGCCUUCAGCAGCCUUUGCACAUGGAGACGUGCUGGUUCAUCGAUUGUCAUUGCCACCUCACGGCCGAGGAGUUCAGGCAGGACAUAAAUGAUGUGAUUGAAAAAUCAAGAAAGGCUGGAGUUCCAGCCUUUGUUUCUGUUACAGAGCAGCAAAGUGAAUUUGAGGAAGUUAUUGAUCUAGCAGAAAGGUAUCCAGAGUCUGUCAUGGCAUGUUUUGGGAUUCAUCCGAUUCAGAGCAGUGCAAAUGGACAUCGCAGUGUUACUGUUCAGGACUUGGAACCUGCCCUUCCAUUCUUUGAGAAGCACAAAGAUAAACUGGUGGCUAUUGGAGAGAUUGGUCUAGACUUCACUCCAUGGUUUGUGUCCACAUCCCAGCAACGUGAGGAGCAGCAGAAGGUCUUUGUGUUACAGCUGGAUAUAGCUAAACAGCUGGACCUGCCAGUAAACGUGCAUUCUCGUUCGGCUGGGAGACAAACUAUUGCUUUUCUUAAGGAGCAAGGUAUUUGGAACGCACUGCUUCAUAACUUUGCUGGCAGACCCUCUGUUGCCCUGGAAGGAGUACAAGCUGGCUUUUGCUUUUCUUUUCCUCCAGCUGUCACAAGGAAUGAUCAGCGAGCAAAGUUAAUAAGACAGAUUCCACUAGAGAACAUUUGCUUGGAGACCAACUCACCCUCUCUUGGCCCAAAGAAAGAGGAGAGAAAUGAACCAGAGAAGAUCAGGAUUGCUUGUCAGUACAUUGCUGCAGUGAAAGGAUUAUCAGUAGAAACAGUCUGUGAAGUAACAACAUGUAAUGCCCUGAAGCUGUUCCCCAAAGUUCAUCAGCGGUUGAAAGAAUGAACACUUGCCAAACAACAAUAAAAUGAGAGCAUCCGAAACACAGCUCUGCUCUGUAGUUUGUGGUUUGGGGCUUUAUUUUAUAUUACUUUUUUUUUUACAGUGUACAUAUACAUAUUUCAUGCUACGUGGAAUUUUUGUAUGACCAAAAUGACAUCUUAAAGAAUAAAAAGCCCAAUAAAGUUUUACCUAUUGUAUUUAUACAGGUAGGCUAUUUUACUGUUGAUGAGGUGAAAAUCAGUUACGAUUAAUAGUUUGAGAGCAGGCUGAUGGAAAAUAAGAGAGCCACAAGACUGCAGCUUUCCAUGCCUUUUAUAUAGAUCAAAAAAUCCAGUAAUGCUUAUUUCCAUUGGUAUUUAAAGAGGAAUCUUCUGAAUCUGGACUCUCACGUCUUAUAAUUCUGCACCUUUCUCUGCUAUUUGAGCCAAAC